AUGUGUCUAUUUGUAUUGAUUCCAAUAACAAAUGGAAUAAAUUGUGUAUCAUGUGUUGGUUGGAGUAAUUCAGGAUGCAAUGAUCCUUAUGAUGAAGCAACAUCAGGUGAUCUUCCAGUUCCUGGUAAUACCUAUUGCUUAAAAGUAGUCUAUCCAAGUUAUAUAGAACGUAUGGCUGGCGGUCGAUCUUGUACACCUGGAAGUGGUCCUGAUUUUCAGAUGAAAAUUUUGAUUAUUGGUGCUUAUGGAACAUUUGGUAGUCGAUUAUCACAAUUACUAGCUAAUAAAUCUCAACUGACAUUAUUCAUAGCAGGUAGAUCAAUCAAACAUGCUGAACAAUUUUGUAAAACAAUAGAUAAAAAUGUAGCAAAAAUAUUACCAUUAUAUUUUGAUCGAAAUGAUUUAGAAAUUGAAAAACGUUUAAAAUCAAUUCAACCUGAUAUAGUUAUUGAUGCUACUGGUCCAUUUCAAUUCUAUGGUAAUGAUCCAUAUCAUGUUGUUAAAGCAUGUUUAGCAACAUCAACUAAUUAUAUGGAUUUAGCUGAUGGAACACAAUUUGUUAAAGAUAUUAAUCAAUUUGAUAGUCAAGCUAAAUCUAAAAAUUUAUUUCUACUUUCUGGUGUUAGUACAUGUCCUGUAUUAACAGCAACUGUCGUCCGAUCUUUGACAAAAGGAUUGCAUGAAAUACAUUCAAUUAAAGGUGGUAUUGCGCCAUCACCAUACGUUAAUAUUGGUCCAAAUGUAAUACGCGCAAUUACAAGUUAUGCAGGUCAACCAAUGUCAGUAGUUCGUCAUCGUCAAUUAAUUAUUCGUUAUGGUUUGACGGAGACUAUGCGAUAUACAAUAAGUCCACCAGGUUAUUUACCAUUAAAGAAUCGUCGUUUUUCAUUAGUAGAUGUACCUGAUUAUCAAAUUUUAAGAGAUUUAUGGCCGAAUAUUAAUUCAAUAUGGUUUGGUGCAGGAACAAUACCAGAAAGUUUACAUCGUUUACUAAAUUAUUUUGCAUGGUUAGUUCGAUUACGAUUAUUUCCUAAUUUAUCUUCAUUCUCAUCAAUUAUUCAACAAGUAAUGAAUAUCAUACGUUGGGGUGAACAUCGUGGUGGUAUGUUUAUAUCAAUUGAGGGUAUUAAUAAUCAAGGUCAUAUAUAUGAACGAUCAUGGCAUUUAAUAGCAGAAGGUGAUAUUGGUCCAUUCAUUCCUACAUUAGGCAUUGAUGCUAUUAUUCAUCGUAUAUUAGAUGGUAAAAUACCAAUAAGUGGUGCUAGAGCUGCAACAACUGAUCUUGAACUUGAAGAUUACGACAAUCUAUUCAAAAAACUUGGUAUUAUUACAGGACAACGUGAAUCAAUAAAUAAAACGAAUACAUCUUUGACUUUAUAUCAAAAACUACUUGAUCAAGCAUGGCAUCAAUUGCCAUAUUCUUUGCAAAGAAUGCAUAGCUAUACAACUAAUACUAAAGUUGCUGGAAUUGCUAAAGUUGAACGUGGCACAAGUAUUACAUCGAAAUUAAUUGCUAUGUUAUUUCGAUUUCCUCAAGCUGGACAAGAAAUACCUGUUCAAGUCGUAUUUCAUCCUAAUAUUAAAGGAGAAUUAUGGACUCGAACAUUUGCUGGAAGAUCAUUUUCAAGUUGGCAAAUGGAAGGUCAUGGUCGAUCAGAUAAACUAUUAAAUGAACGAUUCGGUCCAUUUACUUUUGGUUUAGCAUUAGUAAUUAAUUCAGAAAAAUUAUAUUUAAUCGUUCAAAAUUGGAGUUUUCUUGGUAUUCCAUUACCAAGUUUCUUAGCACCAAAUGGAAUUUCAUAUGAAUAUGAUAAUAAUGGUCAAUUCUGUUUUAAUGUUGAAAUCAAACAUAGAUUCACAGGAUUAAUUGUACGAUAUAGUGGUUGGUUAGAAAAAGCAUAA